AUGGUUUUCUCGGCUCUUCGAACCGAGAAAGAGAUUGGAGUCGAAAUGGGCUGGAAAGGCCGCGAGUCCGACGCAGAAAUGGAGACGAUUUGUCGACUCCGUUCGCUGAUGGGAUUCUGCCGCGGCCGCUGUGCUUCCUAUCAAGUUCAAAAGAGGUUGCAUGCAAUAGCCCCUGGGGUCAUCUGUGAUGACAUGGACAACGACGUGUGGCCAGUGACCUCAAUCCAAAAACCUCAGUCAAAAAGUUAUGGUGGACUUGAGCAAGGAGAGAUGGUAAGACUAGUAAAUUUUUCCAGUAUGGUGGUGUUACCAGAAAGCAUUAUCACCAACAGUAUUGUACCUUUUACUGCAAAACUAAGAGGCCAGGUUUUCGUGUGGAAACGAGCCUCCUCUGGCUGCCCUAAAUCAACGGAUAAUCUCCGUCUUUCAGGUUCAUCAGUGAAGGACUCGGAGGCCAUUAUGAGACUUAACAACCUCCCGACGAGGCAGGAAAUAUCCAUCGGCGAAAAUAAGGUGACUAAUAUCAGUCAUUUCCUAGAAGACAGAAGAACUGGUCAGAAAUUUGUUUACAGAUUAGAAGAAAAGGGAAAACGGCUGCCUUUUCAAGUGGCCAGAGUUGAAAGGGAGAGCGGCCAAGAGUGGACGAUUGGCCAGGAACAAGAAGAGGUGGGAGGGAGGAGCGGCGUAAAGGAGGUAAGGGAGGAAGAGAAGGAGCAGGAGGAGGAGGAGGGGGACGAGGAGGAGCAGGAGCAGGAUCAGGAACAGGAGGAGGGAGGCACGCCUCUCUGA